GUGAACAGUCCAUCGGAAUACACAGAUCAAAGAGAUCAUCAAACAAUGAACUGUUUCCUAUUCACACUUUUCUUCGUUGCCGCACCGCUCGCAACGGCCUCUUACGGUUCGGCUUCAGGUGGCGGUAGUGGUGCUUCCUACCUAUCAUCGGCCUCAUCGAAUGGUCUCGAUGAAUUAGUACAGGCUGCUGCCGGUGGUGCUCAACAGGCUGGCGGUUCCAUUACUCCUGCCAAUGCUGAAAUUCCCGUCUCACCCGCCGAAGUGGCUCGUCUCAGCCAAGUGCAAGCUCAAUUGCAAGCGCUCAACUCCAACCCAGUCUAUCGUAAUUUGAAGAACUCCGACGCCAUUGCCGAAUCUUUGGCUGAAUCUAACUUGGCUUCGAACAUUCGUCAGGGCAAUAUCAAUAUUGUUGCACCCAAUGUGGUUGACCAGGGUGUCUACCGUUCUCUGUUGGUGCCAUCUGGCCAAAACAAUCAUCAAGUGAUCGCCACACAACCCUUGCCACCAAUCAUUGUCAAUCAGCCAGCUUUGCCUCCAACCCAAAUUGGCGGUGGACCAGCUGCUGUUGUUAAAGCUGCGCCAGUCAUCUACAAGAUCAAACCAUCGGUAAUCUAUCAACAAGAAGUGAUCAACAAGGUGCCAACUCCACUCAGCUUGAAUCCAGUCUACGUCAAAGUAUACAAACCAGGCAAAAAGGUUGAUGCUCCCCUUGUGCCCGGUGUACAACAGAGCUAUCAGGCUUCAUCGUAUGGUAGUUCAUCAUACUCAGCUCCAGCACAAUCUUAUGAGGCAGCACCCGCAUCAUCUUACAAUGAAGCUCCUGCCUCGUCAUACAGCGCCGCAGCUGCUGCUCCAUCUUAUAGCGCUGCUCCUGCUCAAUCUUAUGGUGCUGCUCCCGCUUCCUCAUACGGCGCUGAAGCAUCCUAUGGUGCUGCCCCAAGUAGCAGCAGCGGUUACGGCAGUGCUCCUCAAUCAUCGGGCUAUUAAAUAAUGCCUAGCUUAGUAUUUUUUCAGUCAUAAUUUUUUUUUACAUGUUUUAUACAUACGAACUUAUGUCCUGUUCGGCAAUGAAAAAAUAAAAAAGCAAUUUUCUCACGAGA